GUAGGAUGAAAAUGUAGAAGAACAGAUAUAUUCUUCUGAUAAUGAUGUUGGUGAUAGUUCUUCUAAGGAUAAUGAUAAUUCUUACAAGGAAGAAACUGAAAAUGAAGAGCAACAAUUUAAUGAUGAGGAUGUUACUGUUUUAGAUGGUGGAGAGAUUGAUGCUGAAGUACAUGAUCAAUCCAUUGCUGAGAAUGUUUCUGGUCCUGAGAAUGUUUCUGGUCUUGAUAGUGGAAAGAUUGAUGCUGAUGCUGAUGAUAAUGCUCAAGAUAUUACUGUUGAUGUUGAGAUGGAUGGUGUAGUGAAUUACAAUUCUGAUAACUAUCAUCAAGAGUCUUCCGAGGUAGAUAAAGCUAAUGAGAAUGUUGAUGUUAAUGUUGGGGUACAUGAUCAUGUUGAUCCUGCUGAUGAUCAAUCCAUUGAGCAAGUUGCUGAUUUUGAUAAUGCAAAGAUUGAUGCUGAAUCCAAUGCUCCAAUUAUUACUGGUGAAGUUGCUGCUGAUGUUAAUAUGGAUGAGCGAUAUGAAGAAGUUGGUGUUGCGAGUGGGGCUGUUGAGAAGGAUACUGGUGGUAUGGUAGAAGUUAAUAUUGUUAAUGAAAAUGAAGUUUUGGGAAUUGGAGAGGCUGCUGGAAAAGAUGGAGGAAUGGGAGAGCUUGUAAGUAAUGUUAAUGUGCGUAGAACUGAAUGUUUUGGAUUUGGUUUUGAUGCUAUCGGUUCUGGAAGGGAAUUCUCACAAAAGAAAUAUGUAAUUGAGGUAAUAUGAUAACUGUUAAAUGCAUUAUAAUUUUAUGAUAAUAAUAUGAUAACUG